AUGCGGGAUAACUUCUACUCUGAUAAUUUGGUUGACUCCUUCGAAAUAGAAAACGAAACAGUCGAUUUUGCCAAAGCAGUUACUAAGACCCUCGAAGCAGGCGGAUUUCGACUAACAGCAUUUGCCUCAUCAUCCCACCAAAUUCUAGAGACGAUUCCCCAGCAAGACAGGUCACCCCAAGUACUGGACAUUAAUCUGAGUGCACUUCCUGUCGAAUACCAGCUUGACAUGAAAUGGGAAUUGGCUACUGACAUCUAUGGCAUCCGAGUCCGUUCAAUGACAAAUGUCAAAACCAAGAGAGAAUUUAUAUCGGCCAUUUCUCUAAUUUUCGACCCUUUAGGUAUUUGUCUCCCAGUUAUAACAGCCGCAAAAUUGUUAUUUCAAGAAACGCAAAUGUUCGACCACUCUUCGUCGCGGUGCUGGGAUAAACCUUUGCCCGUUGAUAUACUGGCAAAGUGGAAGACUUGGGCCACUAGUUUGGAGAAUACGUCCUUUCCCUGUGUAAACCGUUGUUUUCGCCCCGUCGAUUUUCCGUUGGAAGCGUCAAUCUUUCGUCUUGUCAUAUUUGCGGACGCGUCAUCGGUUGCGUUUGGAGCGGUGGCAUAUUUGCGGGCUGAAUGUAAUGGAUCAGCUAGUCUCAGUUUCGUGAUGGCUAAGGGCCGGAUCGCAUCUCUUAAACCAAUUACUGUGCCGCGUCUUGAGUUGGAUCCGGCGGUGCUAGUGGUCCGCUUGUCACUUCUGAUAAGACAGGAGCUCCGAAUUCCCAUCUACGCUGUUGACUAUUACACCGAUUCACAGAUUGUACUGCAUCAGCUGCGUUACCACAAGCCCAAUCGUCCGUCGUUCGUGUGUAAAAGGCGUGACGAGAUCCUUUUCCAUUCUGAAUUAGAUCGCUGGUACUUCGUCCGUAGCGAAGACAACCCGGCCGACGAUUGCACUCGCGCUCCUCCACCAAAAGAUUUUGGACCAAACUGUAGGUGGAUCAUAAAUAAGUUCCAGUACCAUUCAUAUCCCAUACUACGACGCCAGAACACGAUCAAAUAG